GGACCCCCCCGCCCCCCGACGGCCCCGCGUCUCUGUCUGCCUGUCUGUCUGUCUGGGUCCGCCCGGGAGCCCCCAGACAUGUCGGAGGCGAAGCAGAGGAAGAAAGGGGGCCCGAAGAGAGGCCCGGGGCCGGGGCCGGGGGCGGGGGCGGAGCCGGGCCGGGCCGGGGAGGGCAGGAGGGCGUCGGGAGCCGGAGGGGGUGUCGGGGCGGACCCCCGCACGGCGCUCAGCCUCCUCUCCUUCGGGGCCUGUCUGCUCCUCGCCUGGUUCAUAUUUCAGCAAUCAGAAAAAUUUGCCAGUGUGGACAACAAAUACCAAUUUAUGGAAAUGAGUGCCAAGGAAUUCCAGGACCUGAAAAAUAAAGUCAGUUUACUUUCUGAGAAGCUUGAGUCUACUGAAAGUAUCCUGCAGGAAGCUACCUCAUCUAUGGCUCUGGUGACCAAGUUUGAGCAGGAGGUGUCCAGUCUCCAUAGCACCAUAUAUGACAUUCAGAAUAGUGAGCAGCUGCUCACUCAAAAGAUACAAAGCAUUAAUGUGAAAUUUGAAAAUGUCUCGGACUCCUGGAAAAGAAGCUUGGAUGAAAUGACUGCCAAUACUGUCAUUUUAAAAUCAGAAGCAAAACGUGUCCACACUCAAGUCACUGCCCAAAUUAACUCUGCUGAGCAAGGAGUGAAAUCACUUACGGAAAGGUUAAAAGAUUUGGAAGAUAGUACAGUGAGAAAUAUUAGAACAUUAAAGAGUCAGGAAGACGAUGACCUUUCUCGAGUGGAAAAACAGCUGGGCUCUGAUACCAAAGCGGUUGAAAAAUUGGAAGAGGAACAGAGUAAUCUUUUUGCUAGAGAUUUAGAUCUAAAUAAUAAACUUACUGCCUAUGAACCUAAAGUUGAAGAAUGCAAGACGCAUAUGCCAGUAAUUGAAAAUGCUAUUCAUUCAGUUCUUAAGGUCUCUCAAGAACUGAUUGGUAUAGAAAAAAAGAUGGAAGAUUUGGCCGAACAGAUGUUUAACAUGGAAGAUGAUAUGCUGAAAGCAGUGUCGGAGAUAAUGGAGAUGCAGAAAGCCCUUGAAGGAAUGCAGUUUGACAACAGCAUUCUAAAAAUGCAGAAUGAACUAGUUGUUUUGAAGGAAAAAGUCCAAGAAUUCAUAGUUUCUCAGAAUGCAAGAGAAAAGGGAACUUUAAAAGAACACAAUCUACCUAGCAAAAAAUUCUCAAGUGGCGGGGAACAGUAAAAUCACUAUGUUAGUGUUCUGACUGGAGCAUGCUAUUUUAUAUAUUAAUAUGGUCAGUUUGCACAGUGUUUUUUAUAACAUAUGUAAUAUAGUGAAAGGCAAAAAUAGAGGGCAUUAAACCUGUGUCCUGCUUUGGAAAGGAAAAAAAACCCAGCACCAGUUAAAUUGUGAAAAUUAGGGGUAAAAACAAUGUAAAAAGAACUGUGCCCAUUUCUAAUUGAAUCUCUUUUCCUCAGAUUUUAACCUACUUUAAAUUGGUGAACUGAACUAUUUCUGGACUUUUUUCAAACCGAAAACUUAUUACAUAAUAGCUCUUCCACCUCCAGCCUUCUACACAUCGUCAUUUCUUAGUCUUGGUGACACUGUUUGCUUGUUCUUAAAUCACAUGUACUUGGCAUAAAUGAGAUAUGAUUCUCAUUAUGAAAAGGCACAAAAAAAAGCUCAUCUCAAAAUGAAGUAACUAAGACAAGGGGUGCCCUUGAAGAGUCAAAAUGGCACCUAGCCUGGAAUAUGAGGCUUAUUAUCAGACUAUAGACCAAAUUGCAGCUUUUCAAUAGAGAAGGAAAAUACGGACAGAACGCGGGUCCUUUCAAGUGCUUUCUCAUAACAAUUUUCAUUUCAAGCUCUAAGUAAUUAUCACCAGUGUUUUUAUUUCACAUAUAGCCAAAUUCCUUCUUGUCCCCCAAUUUUUUAUGGAGCAGUUGAACUUUAAUAAAAUAUUUAAUGAAACAAAUAUGAUAAUUCUAAAACUUGCUUUAUUUUUUUAUAACUCAUUAAAAUUCCCAGAAGCUUAUAUUGGGUCCUUCUUUGAGCAUAAUUCUUAAUUUUAUUUUCAUUCCAAACAUUUUUCAGGUAGUUCUCUACCCUUUCAUUCAUAUUUUUCAACUCAAAAGAGAUCCCUUACAAAAGAAAUCAUAUAAUCUGAACUUUCUUUAACAAUGAAUAACAUUUGAUUCACUUUCCAGGUUUAUUUGGAGUAUUUGAUAGAAAUGACCAUAUCUGUAUUAUAUAUAUAUAUAUAUAUUUUUUUUUUUUAAAUGGAAAGUGUUUGUUUGCUUAAAGUGCUUAGUGGUUUGUUAGCUUAAAGUGUUUAGUGGUACCUGUAAAUCACCUAAAAUAACUGUUAAUGUAAUCGCUACAUAAACAGGACUUUACUUUUCGGUUUGGCAGGAAUUUGGUCCAUUGACUGACCUGAUGUAAACAAAUAAACCUGGUUUUGUUUA